AUGAAUGUUAAUCGGCAGAAGACUCAGAUGGAGAGACUAUAUCUUGCUAUGAACUCAACUCGUCCAGGAGAAGCCGGAAAAUAUGUUUUAAAUUCUAUUAACUAUAUGAAAGAUAAACAAUUUUCUUCUUUUCAAUCUACAAGAUUUAUUGAGCUAUUUUACAUAGCCAAAAUAAGACCAGACGCUUUUGAUUUACCAGAAAUUCAUGCCAGGAUCCUAGAAAAUUCGAAUUUCCCAGAAGGUCUUGCAACAACUUUAUUUGCUGCUAUGGGCUAUGCAUAUCAAAUCAGAUCCAUCAGAUUCCCUGCCUGUAUGCUUCAUUUACUCUAUAGGGAUAUUACAGGUCCCAAAGAAUUUUGUAAUUUCGAACCUUGCAAACCAUAUAUCGAUAUUCUCAUUAUAUUUUUCUUAUUCCCACAAGAUCGGCUUAAACUCGAAAUCAAGAAUGAAAUUCAGCGUAUAAAUUCACCACAAAUUCCUUCAGAACAAGGAGUAGUUCAUAAAAUUACUUCAGAGAUCAUAACAAGGAUCAAUUUACUUCAAGAUAAGCCUUCCGACAAAGACUCAACAAAUCUCGAUAUUCUUUUAACAUUUCUUCCAUUACCAAAUUGCACAGAAGCGAUUUUAAAUUUCUUCCCAAAUUUAUUGAAGUUUCAUCCCAUGCGAGUACCAGUAUUCAUCAAAGCACUUGUAGAUUACUUCUCAAAAUGCUCCGAAAACAAUCAAGAAGUCAAUAAAUUACUUUUGAAAUUUUCCAACCUGAAAGUUGACGGCUUCGAAGCAGAACAUCAGCGAGCCCUUGCAGAUAUCGAGAGGAACAAUCCCAGCCUCGGAAUUUACACAGUGAAUAUUGAUGGAAUAACAGGGUCAGAUAUCGUUAGAAUUACACUUACAAACGAUCCUGCGUUUGAUGACAUGUGUAAGAGAAUCGCUCGUAGCAUGGAAAACAAGAAAAUAAGGUUUUCAAGAUUGAGAAUUGUUUUAGAAGCCAUUUAUCAAAAAGUAGAACCUCUUUUAAGCAAUUCCAACAACGAGUCCAUAUUUAGUCGCGUUAUCUUCAUCUUCCUUCUGUUUUUCAAGAAAUUAAUAAUCGAAAUCACAGAUGGACCUGAUUACGCGAAGUAUUUAUGUUUAAUUACAAAGAUCUUCACCAAGAUAGACAAUGAAGCCAAGAAAGACAUCUUGCCGAACUUAGAACCAUGGUAUGUCCCUACAGUUUUCGAAAAUUCUGGACUUCCAGUUUACGAUGAAACGGUUUUGACACUUUUACAAAUAGGAGCCGAUGGAAGUAUUGAACUUUUCGCAAUCUUGUAUAAAGUACUCUAUUACGCGUCACUUUUUCAAAAAGUGAAGUCAGUUCAAUUCAACGAGAUGGUUGAAGGCGUAUUAAGUAUUGGUAGGAGCGACAUUGCUAAGGAUAUAAAAGGAAUGAUUGAUGACUUCUUGAACACGAACUACAAACAGUUAGAAGGAUAUGCACGAUUAAUUUCCCUUGAAUUAGUUAUUUGUUCACCUAAAUACAUCGGACCAAUUGUAUGGGACAAAGAACUGUUACCUUAUCUUAUGGAAGCUCUCGAUCAGAAGAAGAAUGUUAAGUUUAUUCCUAUUAACAUUAUAAGUUGGAAAGAAUCAGGAAAAAUGGAACAGGCAUUUGACAAUUUUGUUCAUUCUGAAGCUGUUUCCGCUCGUGCUGCUUUACACACUGAACCAUACGUUGAGUUUAUUAUUGGAUCUGCAGAACCACAUCCUCCUCAACCAUGGUUUCUGAUAUUAUCUUAUUUUUUGGUACAAAAUUUCGAGAUGUCCAUGAAAAUGAUGUUUCUUCUUUUUUCGGCUGUUGCUUAUGACAAUUUACAAAAUAACCAACAAAAGAUGAGACAUGGAUAUACCGUUAUUCCUCUUCCUGUCAUGGAAAUGGCCUUGGGAUAUAUAAUAAACUCAAGGAAAUCUGAUCAACAGAAAGAAGCAAUUUCUCUUUCAAUUGCUAAAUAUUUAAUUCAUGAAGAAAGACAUGUAAGAGUUGCUGCUUACGCUGCAAUUUGUGCUUUGAAUGUUGAUAACCUCAACAGACCUGUUUUCCAUUUACCUGAAGAUAAAGAGUCAUUUAACAUUGUCGGACAAGCAAUAAUUGUUGAAAACGAUCCCACAAUUAUAAAUGACUAUAAAUACUUCCUGUUGUCAAAUGAUUUAGGUGCUGUUCCUUUACAAAAAUUCCAAAGACAAUGUCCGAUUAAAUACAGUUCAAUUUGUGUAGAAAGUGUCGGUUUUGACAUUGACCCUUUAACAAUUCCGGAUAUGGCACCACCGAGAUUUCCCCUGAAGCCAGUUAUUUCUCCUGUUCCGGAGUUUAAUGAACUCAUUUUGCCUGUCGAAGAGAAUAAAGAAAUUCACGAACUUCAACAAUUUCUCAAAUUACCCGAAUUUUCAGAAAAAAGUGACAAUGAAAAAGAAAAUGAGAAUGAAGUGACUGAUUUCAUUUAUUCAGCGCCGUGCGAAGUGAACAAACGUGAUGAUGAGAUGUAUACACUUAUAUACAACUCAAUAGCUGCUUUAGAACCAGUAAGAAUUUUAGAUCAAACUUGUAUUUUCGCAUGUACAGUUUUGAAGCGAAUUUUGAUCGAAAAAGAAGACUCUUUUGAACCGAUUGUGAUGCCAAUGAUUCCUCUUCUUAGAAUGCAUUACAGUGGUAAUAAAGAUGUCCCUCAAAGUCACUGGAUUUUCCUCAUUGCGUUUUUGUCAAUUGUUACUUUGAGAAAACGAAUUCCAAGAAGUUUUUCUGAAAAAGAAAAACAAAUUUUGGAUGAACAAAUAAUACCUGCUUUGAGCGAAAUUGCUCCUCCAGCAGCUUCUUGUAUCAGUGAGAUGAUGAAUUACAUAAUGAACAAGAGGUUUGACAUUGGAAAAUUCCUUCUUCCAAAUGAUAUUUCAAUGUUCGCAAUUUCUCAAAAACCUGACAAUUCAAAGGACUCGGAAAAUUUGGAAUUCACCCUUAUUUUUGAACGUCCUGAAGAGAGUGACGAAAGACUCAUGAACAUUGCAUUCGAGAAUGAGAUACACAACAUGCCUGAAGACUUCGUUCUCCAGAACAUUUCGAUGUGUUUAAUGGCAAGUUCUGCUGAUUAUGUUUCAAGAUUUUUCGAUAUCUUGGAAAAUAGUUCGAAUAAGACUAAGCUAAGAACUAAGAUAUCAGAACAACUUGUCAAUAUGAAAGCUCAAGUUGAAUGGGCAUUUUAA